AUGACCGACUACGCGCAGUUCCAACAAUCCCACCACGGGCAUGCUCCCUCGCACAUCCAGAACUAUGGAAGUGCGCAGAGUCCCACGGGCGGAAACCCAUCAAUAACUUCGCCUUCACAGCAGAUGCAGCAGUUCCAGCAGACAUCACCCAUACUACCCUCGCAAGGCUACGGCCAUGGCGGUGCUCCGCAUCCACAGCACCCCCAGCAACAUCACCAGAUGAACUUCCCUCAGCAGCAGUACAUGGCAAACAUGCAAAACCCAUAUAUGCCGUCGCAGCAGCAACAGCAUCAGCAGGCAGCAGCACUGGCCACAGCAGCAGCGGCGGGCCCAGCAGGAUACUAUGAUCAGUCCGCCAUGCCCGGCCAACUAGCCCAGGACCCCCGAGCAUCUCCACGCAUGUCUGUGUCUCAGAUGAAGCCCGAUGGACGUGUUCCGCCGCGUUCCCCGACAAAUGUCACAAACGCCAUGAACAACACACUUCCGUCGCAAGUUCAAAUGACCCCCACUCAGAUGCAACAACGGCGAAUGAGUACCCAGAUCAGCAGCCCUGCCAUGCAUCACCCCCAGCCUGUCAUGAACCAAGGCCCUAGACCUUCUGUGUCCGUUCCCCCACAGAUGGCCCAGCAGGCCCAGCACCAACAGUCGCCAGAGCUUGUGUCUGGAGGACCGCAAGCCGAGGAAGCCCCUCUAUACGUGAAUGCCAAGCAGUUCCACCGCAUCUUGAAGAGGCGUCUGGCAAGGCAAAAACUCGAGGACGCACUGCGGCUGACGUCCAAGGGCCGUAAGCCAUAUCUGCAUGAGUCGAGGCACAACCACGCCAUGCGCCGUCCGCGUGGUCCCGGUGGUCGCUUCCUGACCGCCGAGGAGGUGGCUGCCAUGGAUAACGCAGCAAAGGGGGAAGGUGAAGACGGUAACAAGGAGAACGCGUCAAUGCCCACCAAGCCCACUAGUGGCGGACCCAAGCGCAAGGCAUCUACUACUCAGCUCAAGGGAACCCCGACACACAAGAAGAACAAGGCCGGUGCGGUUCAGCGACACAGCACAAGCGAGGACGAUGAAGAGGAAGAGGACGACGACGUUGAAGAUGACGCUUAGGCAUCGUUUCUCUGCGGCUUGUCCUCUCCUCGACCUUCUACCACCACAUGUUAUUUAAUUUCGACCAUUCAUAUUUUCGAGACCCCCCUUUCGAUUCACGAUUUACGAAGCGAGUGCUUUUGGGACACCCGGUUGGCUUCUGCAUGUUACCCUUGUUGUCAAACACUGACACAUUCACACACACAAAUUGUCUUACCAAAUGACUGGGUGGAAUUUCGGAUACACACGGCGGGCCGGUCGGAGCAUACGGCACUCACCUCUUCACGGAGCGCAGUUGGAUCUUGGGAGUUUUGUUGUUAUAUUCCUUCUUCUUCUUCUUCUCUUCUUCUUCAUUUGUCCGCGGACUUGUGGACUUUGUAUACUUUUCUUUGCCUCCGUUCUCUGUCACGACUGAAUACCCCCACACUCGCUCAUGGCUUGGCGAGGAUACCCACACCGCUGGCCAGGAGAGCCAGCGGUUAUACUAGAGGGUCUUCCUUCAUCGGACGAAAAUCUAUACCACACGCUUGU